AUGUCGCUCACUAGUGUCGAGCUCAACCAUCUUGUGUGGCGCUAUCUCCAAGAAAGCGGGCACGAGAUGGCGGCGUAUGCGCUCGAGAAAAGCGCACGGUGCCGCGACGAAAACCUGCCCACUAAGGCGCUUGGCCCGGUUGGCCCCGGAGCGCUCGUCAGUUUGGUGCAGAAGGGCAUUCUUUACACGCUUGCACACGAUGCGGCUGCGGGCGACGCGGCCAGCCUAACGCUUGCACAUGCGCUAGCGGCCGAGGCGGAGAAAAACAAGCUGCUGGAGGCCAAGAAUGCCACGGAACUGGCACACACAAACACAAGUGCAAACACAAACACAAACAUAAACACAAACACUACCACGAACGGAGACACAAACGCAAACACAGACACAACCACAAACACAAAUGGAGACGUAAACAACUUCGAAGACACCAACACAGAGGUGACUCCUCUUGCGGCCGCGUUCACGUUUGCGCCGGCAUUCGCCGCGCUGUGGCACCCGGCAGGCGGCGCGUUUGCGUUUGGGCGCGAAAACGGCGCGGCCGCCAUCCAGACCGAGGCGGGCGUGCCGCUUGUGCUCAACCACGCGCCCUCCGACGGCGACAUUUCCACCGUGGCGUGGUCGCCCUCGGGCACCGUGGUGACGGCAGGCGGCCUGGGCGAAUUGCGCGCCUGGGGCGCCAACGCGCGCCUCAAAAACGUCGCCCUCAACAGCGCCACCGACGCGCGCGCCGACCCUCUCGACUCGCAUGCGCCCGCGCUUUCGCUCGGCACGCCUUUUGUCGCCCUUUCGUGGGGCCCCCACUGGGCCGCCACCGUCGACGCAAACAACGCCGUGUGUGUAUGGGACGCCUCGCUUUCGCCUGUGCUGCAAGUGGUGCCUCCGACACUGCCACUGCCCGACCUGGCGUCGCAUCCGCUCUGCGUCUGCUGGCUUGGCGACCUGAAACUUGCCGUGUCGACGCCUUCUCACUCCAUCCAGAUCUACUCGGUGCUGCGUUCGGGCUCGGCGCUUGCAGGGCAGCUUGCCGGCCACGCCCAUGCUGUUUCGGCGCUUACUUUCAGCCCCGUGUCCAAGUUGUUGGCGUCGGCAUCCGAUACGGACUACGCCAUCAAAGUAUGGAACAGUCUGCUGCCCCUGCACGCCGUGGACCUCAAUGUUCACACAGACAGAACUCCCCACAUUCACUACCACACCACUCCUAUCCUUGGUCUUUUCUUCCUAGCCAGUGGCAACCAGUUGGCUUCUGUUUCCAUGGAAGGUUCUAUGAACGUAUGGGACGCAGUCGACGGCAGCGUUCUUUUGCUGGCCAACAUUUUCCUGCGCUUGGCCGCUCUUGGCAAGCACGACACUGCCAAUGGCCGGAGCAUGGUGUUUGCUGCGGCGCUAGCUCCCAGUCUGGCGCGCCUUGCUGUCGCUGAUGAUUCGGGUAAUGUUUCUGUCUGGGACGUAGACCCAGAACACUAUGGUUCCAGAGUGCCCCUCCGCUGUGUGGGCUAUUAUGCGGCGCUGGCAGAGGAGGCCGACGUGUGCGAUUUGGCCUGGGAUCCCCGCGGCAGCUUUCUUGCUGUGUGCUACCGUGGACGCGAGAGUGUGGUGUUGGAAGUGCCUAAUUGA